AUGUCAGCCAAUACUGAAUAGGCAUUAACUAUGCAAUUAAUUUUGCUUAAGCUUUACAAAAAGGAUUUCAAUUUCUAAAGAGAUUCACUUAUAAUUUCCUAAAAUUUAACCAAUGUCAUUGAAGGAUAGCAAAUUAUUUGUAUUCAAAUUAGUUGGCCUCAAUUAAGAGAUCAAAGAUAAUAAAAAAAAGAUGAAGAAAAUUAAAAAUUUUAAAGAAGAAGAGCAUUCAAAAUUGCCUCUCAUCUAGCCUAAGUGGAAAGAAAAUAAAUUUUAGAGCUUUAAAAAUAAAAGUUUAAAAUAAAUGUGAUAGCUGCCAUUUUUUGUAUUACUCCUUCUUAAGUGAGAUAAAAUUUAAUUCAUUUAAAGAUAAUAAAAUAAAAAGAACAACUAAGGAUUACUAGGUUUUAAUAAGAAUGGUUGCUAUAACAAGCAUCAUUUUAGUCAAAUCAAAUUCUCUUUAAUGCUAAAUCAUUCCUAUUUGCUUUCAAAGAACAAUUUCUUAAUCAAAAUGUAUUAAUAUCUCAAUUUGGAAAGAUUUAUUAACAUUAAAUAUUCGAUAUAGAAUUCCUUCUCCCAAACCUUUCCAGUUCUUUAACAAAGAUGGAAAAAGAGAAGAGAUAAAGAAUUUUAUAUCUUUGA